AUUUUCCCCUACCCCCAUCACAGGCCACGAGAUGAGAUCCCACGCUCACAUUCAUACAAUCUCAACUCCAAAACCAGUCCACACUUCCUCCUCCCGAUGUGCUCGGCCGGAAGCAACCAUUCUCAGACGAAUAUGCUCAGCAACCGGCCCCCGCCACCGCUGCGUCAUGCUCUCGCUCCGCUGUCGCGCCGAGCCGGUGAGUCGAGUUCCACUCCGAACCAGACGCGACAUGCUACUCACUCCGUUGGUAGCAAUUGGCGUGUCUGUUUUGGGCUCCGCAAUUUCUAAGGCGGAGGAAAAGCCUCCAGAAUCCCCGCCUGCGACGGUGACGGCGACGGUUGUGAAAGAGGAGGAGGUUGCGUCGAGGAUAUAUGACGCUACGGUGAUCGGCGAGCCAACGGCGUUAGGGAAGGACAAGAAGAAGGUGUGGGAGAAGCUGAUGAACGCGAGGAUUGUGUAUCUAGGAGAGGCGGAGCAAGUGCCGACUCGCGAUGAUAAGGUAUUGGAGCUUGAGAUUGUUAGGAAUUUGAGGAAACGCUGCCUUGAGAACGAGAGGUCGAUUUCCAUGGCCAUGGAGGCAUUUCCUUGUGAUAUGCAGGAGCAACUUAAUCAAUUCAUGGAUGGAAGGGUAGAUGGAGAAACCUUCAAAUCACAUCUAUCACAUUGGCCACCUCAACGAUGGCAGGAGUAUGAGCCUCUUUUGAGCUAUUGUCGCGAUAAUGGAAUCAGCAUUGUUGCUUGUGGUGUUCCACUCAAGGUCCUGAGGACUGUCCAAGCAGAAGGAAUUCGCGGGCUUUCAAAGGUUGAUCAUAAAAAAUAUGCGCCCCCUGCUGGUUCGGGCUUCAUCUCAGGAUUUACUUCUAACUCGCGCAGAUCAAUUGAUAUGAAUCCCACUAUUCCAUCAGCUACCUUUGGGCCAAGCUCUUAUUUAUCUGCGCAAGCUAGAGUGAUUGAGGAAUAUACAAUGUCCCAAAUUAUUUCUGAAGCGAUGGUGGAUGGAGGAAGCAAUGGCAUGCUAGUAGUGGUGACAGGUGCGAGCCAUGUUACAUAUGGCUCUAGGGGUACAGGGCUCCCGGCAAGAAUUUCAAGGAAGAUCCAGAAGAAAAACCAAGUUGUUAUAUUGCUGGAUCCUGAAAGGCAAUUCUUACGAAGAGAGGGAGAAGUUCCUGUUGCUGAUUUCUUGUGGUAUUCUGCUGCCAGGACAUGCAGUAGAAAUUGUUUUGAUCGCGCUGAAAUUGCUAGGGUAAUGAAUGCAGCUGGCAGGAAACGAGAUGCCCUACCACAGGACCUCCAAAAAGGACUUGAUCUUGGUAUAGUACCACCUGAGGUGCUACAGAACUUCUUUGAUCUGGAGCAAUAUCCUCUUCUUUCUGAACUUGCUCAUCAUUUUCAGGGUUUCAGAGAGAGAUUGCUGGCAGAUCCCAAAUUUUUGCAUAGAUUGGCUAUAGAAGAAGCUAUAUCAAUAACAACUACUCUCUUAGCACAGUAUGAGAGGCGCAAAGAAAAUUUCUUAGAAGAGCUUGACUAUGUAAUCACAGAUUCACUCAGAGGGAUAGUAGUCGAUUUUUUUACCGUCUGGCUGCCAGCUCCAACUCUUUCAUUCCUGUCAUAUGCUGAUGACAUGAAUGUGCUUGACAGCAUGGAUCCUUUGAAGGGUCUCAUUGGCUCCAUACCAGAUAAUGCAUUUCAGAAGAGUCUUGCUGGGAAGGACUGGAGUAUAAGUCACAGAGUAGCAUCAGUGCUUGUUGGUGGUAUAAAACUUGCUAGUGUUGGAUUUAUUUCCAGCAUUGGAGCUGUGGCAUCCUCAAAUAUCUUGUACAGGAUACGUGAGUUUGUAAAUCCAGCAUCAGUCAUUAAUCAACGAACUAGAAGAUCGCCAAUACUCAAAACUGCAGUUGUUUAUGGAUGCUUUCUCGGAACAUCAGCAAAUCUUCGUUAUCAGGUUAUUGCUGGAAUAGUGGAACAUCGCAUUUCUGAUGAAUUUGCUUCUCAGACAUUACUUGUAAAUCUGCUAUCGUUUUUUGUUCGAACAAUUAACUCUUAUUGGGGAACUCAGCAAUGGAUAGAUCUCGCACGUUUUACAGGACUGCAAAGUCGAGAAACUGAUACAUCCUAUAAUCAAAGACCGGAUCCCUCUAGUCAUGCCACAAGUUUUACAGGACUGCAAAGUCGAGAAACUGAUACAUCCUAUAAUCAAAGACUGGAUCCGUCUAGUCAUGCCACAAUGGGAUGUAACACGGUGGAGGAUACAAGUGUUGACGAAAUAAAGAACCAAUGAUGCAAUUAGUGUCAUUUCACAUUGUAAGAUACUAAUUCAUGAACUAUUAAAUAGUUUAUUUUGGUUUCUACCUCGUAUGUCUCUUCAGUAGCCCAAUUGUAAAUUGCUGAGUUCAUUUAGCUUUUUAUAGAGCGUAGGAGUAUAUCUACAUUCAUGCAAGAUGUAGCCGAUAUACAUUCAAUUGAUUCAAGUUAUUAUAUUUCAAGUUAAUUCUUGAGAAAAGAUGGCGGUACGCUUUUGGAGAUGAUAA